AUGAUUUAUUGUUAUUCACAGAUAAGACGUCAACUUCAUCUUGAAGCAUUUUCAAGUGCACUUUCGGAAGGAAAUGAGAGUUAUGAAGUAAACCAGUUUGAAAUAGUCCGAAUUAUUUUUGAAUUAAAUAAUGAAAGUACAAUUAAUUGGGUAAAUAAAAUAUCAAAACGAGCAGGGGAAAUGAAGAGAAUAAAAGAGCAAUUGAAUAUGGACAACCCGGAACUAAAAGAAAAUUUUUAUUUGAAUCCUGAAGGGUUCCAACCAAUUGAAAUAUUUGAAAGAAAACUCGACAAUGAUUUUAUAAAAUCUUUGGGAAAAGACGAGGAAAUAAUUAAAAAAGGAAUGGAAAUAUUAAUUAAAAUUAUAAAUAAAUGGAAGUCUAAAAAUGGAUUUAAAGACAAAUUUAAAAUUACGGGCAUUUACGAGUUUGGUAUUUGGUUAAUUGAAGAUGUUGAAAUUAAUAUUGUAUUUGAUGACCAUUUAGUUGAAAAAUAUUUUGGUUCUGAAAAGUCUAUUUGUGAACCUUUAAUUUCAAUAAAUUGUAAAGACAAUUCCCUCUAUUGUUUUUUAUGUAGAGAAGAAUUUGAGGGGUUUGAGGUUUGGAAUAUUUUUAAUGUAUAA